AUGGCAAAUCAAAGACAGGAACCACGCUAUUUCAUGCAAGAUGAUGAUCAAGCUAUACACAGAAAACCACCGCGUCACCUUCAACUACGAGCACGCAGUUUUACAGAACCAACUCCACAUUGUACACCAGACAACACGGAAAGGCUAGUGCAAUCAGCACAGGAAAUAUCGUUCAUUGAAGACAGUGAAGAUGAAAUACCUGUAAUUUUGAGUUCUAUAUCAACUAGCUUGCCUCGUUUCAGCUCAAUAUAUAAUUCAUUCCAUUCAUCCCUAGAAACAAGUCUUUUAUUAAUGAAUCAUCGUUGCAAUGAAGAAUCACAGUAUAGUAAUGAAAACUUCAAUCAGCAAGAUUUUGCUGUAAUGUCACAAUCGAGCUACUAUCACGAGUGCCAUAUUUCUGAACCAGCCACUGUAAGUAACGAUGACUCCGAUGUGAUAUUGAUUAACCUGACUAUACACCAAGACAAGUAUGAACAUGAAGAAUAUGAUUAUGAUAAUGAAAGAAAUAUAAGUAUUGACUCAAACGUAACCGAAGAGUUUGAUAAGAGAAACAUACUUUUGGGAUUAGAAAGUGCCAAAAUCUUGGCACCAAAAGUUGAAGUAGAUUUUUCACAGGAGCCAAAUGAUAAUGAGAUUCUAGAAUGCUCAACUCAGUGUGGUGAAGAAGAUAAUGUGAUAGAAGUAGAAACUGAUAAUAUGAAUGUGACAUCAGAAGUUGUGGGGCAACAAUUUGAGAAUUUGGUGGAGGAAAAGAGGGCUAAAGUUGAACCAAAGAAUAUGGAAAAUAGUAGGCAAAACACAUUAUCAAGCAAUUGUAUUCAUGAAAACAAAAAUAAAGAGAUUUUAAUAGAAACCUUUCCUGGGGAAAUCAAAAUUCUCAAGAGAUCACCUAAAAAAGAAGAUGAAAAAGCAAAUUUGAAAACCGAAAUGAACGAUGACAACCGAGUGAAUAAACCUCAGAGAAAAGAACUAAAACCAGGAGACUCAUACGAGAAUAAUUCGGAUUUAAAAAAUGAGAAGGAAGUGGGGAUAGGAAAUGAUGUUCAAGGACAGACGAAUAAAUGCCAUGCUAGCAACGAAGAGAAUGGCUCAAAGAAUCAUGAUUCCAAGAGAAUACUCGAAAACUCUGAGAGGGAAAAUUACACACCACUAGUUUCCAAUAAUAGUUCCGUAAGUCUGCAAAAUUUGAAGAAUUCGACAGCCAAAAUCACAAUUGCCAAUGCGGAGCAAAAAAUACAAGGAAAAAGCACUAAAGAAAACAACAAAGAGUUAUUGAAAUGUGACAAUGAGCAUGUUACCAAAGAUAUACCAAAACUAUCUAACAAUAGCAAAUCAAAAACAACGAAAACAUCAACUACAAAACCCGCAACAAUUAAUCAAUCACUAGCUAAUACUGCAAGCAACAAAGAAAAUAUCGAUAGAGGGAAUCGAAAGAUAGUUAGAAAAAGAAUUGCUUCAAAACCAUUAUCAGAAAUAUGUAACCUGCAUCCGAGAUCUAGAGUAGGGUUAUCAAAACGAGUCAAAAUAGAUUCUUUGCAUCAUAAACUAAAAAAUAAAUAG